CUCUCCUGUAACGUCCAACGGCCCACAGAAAUGUCGAAGCGAGGAAACGUAAGCAAUGGCACCUCGCACCGCGGUUCACAGCGCGGGAGAAGGGGAGGAAGAGGGCAUAAGGGCCGGGGUGGACGAGGCGGAGGAGGACCACAAGGCGGUGGCGCAAAUCGCAGGGGUUAUCAUUCAUACAGGGCUGCCAAUCCAUACCAGGGCGAUUCAGACGAAGGACUCGCUUCAGAUGAGAUUGACGACUGCGUGGAAGAUCCUCUGUGGCAGACAUUCGAAUGGGACAAAAAGGACCAGGAUCCAAGGCACAGCAAUAAAACCAGCUCCGCAGCACAACCACAGCAUCUUCAGCAAUUACCUAUGACAGAAUCGAAUGUUCCCAUGGAAGGCUGGGGUGGAGCAUUAGCGUACUAUGCGUCGUCGUCGGACUUCACCAGCAACGUGAGGAACCAUGUCAGUAAUAUUCCUCUUGAUCAGGAUAAGGAAGCGGACACUUCAAAGUCCCCUAGCGCUAAUUGCGAUUCGGACAAAUUGGACCGCGAUCCAAAGGGAAGGGAAAUGCUUAGACAAUCCACAGCAAGCUCAGGAAAGCAGGUUGAGGAUAUGGCAGGAAUGAUCAGACAAUCCAAGAAGCGUUCAGGCAAGCUAGAUAAUGGCGGUACGGAGGCGGUGAUCGCACAACCGAAAAAGUAUUCAGAUACUAUGUCACCAUCUGCCCCAAUGUUCACACAUACAGCCAAGCGAGUCAAGACUAUUAUGACCGACAUGGUCCAGAAAUCUCCGGAACUCUUGCCAUGGGUCAUCGAUACUACGCCUGCGAAGUUUCCCGUUGAAGCGGCCUCUGGAGUGCCAUCGAGUGCCGACAACAACCAGUCUUCGCUGUGGGUUCUGGAUACGACACCAGAUGUGCUACCCAAAAGUUUGCUCCAGUCAGACUACAUCGAUCUCACAUUAGAACACGAAGAUCAGCCACCAAAGCAAGGAAGGACGGUUCAAAAGCAGGAGAGGAACAGGAAAAAAAACCGACGGCGGCGUCAGAAAGUCAAAGAAAAAACGGAUCACGAUGGGACCAUCCUGUUGAGCGAUAGUGAGGAUGAUGACGAGGAAGACGAUGACGCAGCGGCAUUGGAGGACUAUUUGCAGAACACCAUGGACUCGGAAAACGAGGACAGUAUGGCGACAUUCAUAAGCUCAUCUUUGCACGAACUGCCCGUCGGUUCUGACUUUGGUGGUGUCGAUUCGGACGAGGAAUAUUUGGCCGAAUCCAUGUGGGAGAAAGCCAAGGUGCUAUGGACCGAGGAAGAGAUCGAGACCCAGUAUAUCGACAAGCUCGAUUACGGCAGCAUCUCCCGCAUUCACCACAUGGUCCUGGACUUGCUCAAUGAUCCCGGCACCAGCACGAGACGACUACCGCGCAUGACCAAACAUGUUCGAAGUCGGGUCUACAUCAUCGCGGGAUUGUACAAGAUACGGACAUCUACGGAUGGAUACGGAGACGAUGGACAUCCGAUCAUCUCGAAGACAGUCAACACAGCAGCUCCACAAAAACCGGUUGACUUGUGGAAGUUUCUCCCGCGAGACCAGAGGCCCGUAGGCAUGCAGCCAUCUUCUCCUCGUAGCCGCAGGGGUGAUUCCAGGAGUGGUCCCAGGGGUAGUUCCCACCAUCGAGGCGGCCGUUUCCAUGAUGGACGCGGGGGACAUUUUCGCGGAGGUGCUGGUGCCUAUCAAGGAGGCAAUGGGGCCUUCUUUCAUAGAGGAGGUGACAGCAGGAACGGAGAGGGGGUCAGGAAAGGUCCACCUGGGUUCGUGGUCACUGACGGUACAGUUGUUGGUUCUUCUGCAUCAGCUAUCUCGAGCGACAACAUGGGGCAUCGCAUGCUCGCCAAGAUGGGAUGGUCGCCAGGUGUUGGACUUGGUGCUUCGGGAAGCGGAAUUAGGGAACCUGUUGAAGCUGUGAUGAAGAGAACACGACGUGGUCUUGGGCACGAUGAACGGAGUCGUGGUGGACAACAGAAUUAAGUCAUCUUCGCCUACCUAACGGCAUUGCUCACGCUAUGUACCAUACCCCAUGUGGGAUCUGUCCUUGCAACUUGAUCUAAUUGCUAAGCAGCUGGACUUUGUAAAUAAAAACAAUAAUGUUG